AGAUGCUGUUAGCUCAAGUCUGGAGCAGGGAUACACAAUUCUUUAGGUGCCCCUGUGGUCUCACGCUGCAUAGAGCAACAGCAAAGUCUCUUGCCUGAUCAGUGACAGGUCUGCUGGCCAGGGCUGCCGCCUGUGACUUUGUCGCCAUGGGUUGCAACCAGAGUGGCGCCACAGCUACUGGAGCAGCAGGGGAAAAGAAAGAUGGAAACAAAGGAAGCGGGAGCGCUGUAGACAAGCAGCAGGCAAAGGAGGAGAACAAGCAAUACCAGGCGACGAUGUCGUUCUUGUCACAGGUGCCGCUCUUCAUGAGGUUGCCGAAGGACCAGCACCCCAUCCUGGCGGCGGCUUGUGUCAAUCAGCCGUUCAAGGCUGGCCAGACCAUCAUCACCCAGGGCGAAGUUGGGCGAGAAUUCUUCAUCAUCCAGUCUGGAGAGGCGGAGGUGCUAGUGGGGGAAGCCGGCAGCCAGAAGAAGGUUGCCUCCCUGAAGCAGGGGGACUACUUCGGUGAGAACGCUCUGCUGCGGAAUGAGCCUCGUUCUGCCACCAUCAAGGCGGUGACUGAGAUCAAGACUCUCAAGAUCACACAAGAGAAGUUUCAGGAGAUGGGCCUGAACGAGAAGAUCCAGUUCGCCAACCGAAAGGCCGUCGGCGGCGGCGGCAAGCGUCAGCUGGUGGUGCAAGAGCCUUCGCCCAAAACGCCGGACGAGCGACAGCUCAUGGAGAAAGCGCUGAAGAAAAACGAGAACAUCCAGACCAUGGUCAAGUUGGAUGAGAUUCGCAUGAAGCAGAUCAUCGACAUUGCCUGGAAGGAGAAUGUGCCGGAGGGCAAAGAGAUCAUUGUCGAAGGUGACCUGGUGGCUGAUUAUUUCUAUAUCUGCCAGACCGGGACCUUUGAGAUCUUUGUUUCAGAUUCCAAGAAGGGUGGCGAGAAGAAGCGGAAGCUCGUGCAGACCGUCACUAGUGGCGGCAGCUUCGGCGAGCUCGCUCUUCUCUACCUGGUACCCCGUGCAGCAACCGUGGUUGCCAAGGAAGACUCAUCAGUAUGGGUGAUCGACCGCAAGAACUUCAAGGAUAUUCUGAUGAAGGUCUCUGACGAGAAGAUUCAGGAAUAUGUGAAGUACUUGAAUAGAGUCGAAAUUCUCAGCAGCCUGUUAGCUGCGGAGAAGCAGCAAGUGGCAAAAGCGUUGAUGGAAGUUCACUUCUCCAAGAAUGAGGUGAUCAUUCAGCAAGGCGACCCAGGCACCACUUUUUACAUCCUGUUUGAAGGUGAGGUCGCAGUGUCCAUUGAUGGCGAUGAGAAAGUCCGCUUGCAGGCAAGCGAAGACAGGGGCACGGCUCAGUAUUUUGGAGAACGCGCCCUCUUGCACAACGAGCCUCGUGCAGCGACAGUGCGAGUUGUGUCCAAAGAUGCCAAGGCCCUGGCACUGGACAAAGAGGCGUUUGACCUCUUGCUGGGACCCUUGGAGGACAUCCUGGCGAGAAAAGACGCAGGCGGCCAGCCUGCCAAGGGAUCAGUGGCACCUCCAGCCGGCGGCACCGGUGGCGGACGAGAUCCCAACAGGCCGAAGAUCCUGAUGAGCGACCUGACAAAGGUUGGCCUCCUGGGCGCUGGUGGCUUUGGUGCCGUAGAGCUUUGGGAGCACAAGGCCUCAGGCGAGACCUACGCGAUGAAGUGUAUCAGCAAGGGCUUCAUUGUGAAGACUGGGAUGCAGGACAGUGUGAUCACGGAGAAGAACAUUCUGUUCAUGACCAACUCGGACUUCAUCAUUCGGCUCUACGAGACGUACAACUCGAAGCAGUCCAUCUACUUUCUGAUGGAGCCAGCUCUGGGAGGAGAGCUCUACUCCAUGUACCAGAGAAAGGGCUUCUAUGGAAGCGAGAAGCAUGCCAAGUACUACUCAGCUGGCGUGGUUUGCGCCUUCGAGCACUUGCACGAGCGACAUAUCAUCUACAGGGAUUUGAAGCCGGAGAACCUGCUGCUGAACGAGAAGGGUCACCUCAAGGUGACCGACAUGGGCUUGGCCAAGUUCGUCAUUGGAAAGACCUACACGACGUGCGGGACGCCGGACUACUUUGCUCCGGAGGUGAUCGCAUCGACGGGACACACGCAUGCUGUCGAUUGGUGGAUGCUGGGAGUGCUGAUCUUCGAGUUCAUGACCGGAUCAGCUCCCUUUGAAGCGCCAUACCCAAUGCAGAUCUAUGCCAAAGUCCUGAAGGGUGUCAACGCGGUGAAGUUCCCUCCGCAGCUUUCGCCUCAAUGCGUUGACAUUGUGAAGGCCAUCUGCCAGAAGGAGCCGGCGGACCGACUGCCCAUGCUCGCUGGUGGCACAAAGAACUUGAAGGGCCAUGCGUGGUAUAAGGGCUUCAAUUGGGACAAGUUCACGGAGUUCACCCUAGAGGCGCCCUUUGUCCCGAAGGUGAAGAGCAAGAAGGACUUGGCUAACUUCAGCGUCCACCCCGAUGAGAUGCCCCGGUUCAUCGAGUAUGUUGAUGAUGGUUCCGGCUGGGACAAGGACUUUGCGACCUGUUGAGGGGUGCAACCCUCGUUUGCUCCAGGCAAUGACCUCCCCGUUGGAAGCAGAAGUGAGUGCCCUGCAAUUGCAGACAGCUCGGUGUUUCAUACUUGAACAAGUUACACACAUUUGAAGCGCCCUUAGUAAAGCUAGCUCGGUGCCAGCCCC